AUGGCGAGCGUCACCGAGCAAGUCGGCGAAGUGCUGCUGGGCACCACCGACGAGCCCCAGCUAUCGCACCUCACCCGCACUGCCUUUAUGAAAUAUGCACAAAAGGAUGAGGCCACGGGCGACUACUUUCUCAACGAGGAUCAAUUCAUUGAUGCCGUCGCCCCCGAGAGCGAGGACUAUCACAAAAUCAAGCGCUACCAGUAUGGCAUCCUGUUCCAGGUGGCCGACCGCGACCAAAAGGGCAGGGUCAGUCUCCAGGACUGGUCCGUCUUCCAGAACCUGCUCGCCAAACCCGACGCCGAGUACGAGGUCGUCUUCCGCUUCUUCGACAAGAAGCGCACAGGCUACAUCAACUUUGACGACUUCUACGCAACAUGGAAGGCACACAAGACAGAAGACAGUCUGCCCUUCGAUUGGGAGGGCGGCUGGGCGACGCUUUACAUUGGCUCCAAGAAGCACAGGCACACCAUGACCUACCCGCAGUUUGCCCAGCUGCUGCGAGGACUUCAGGGAGAGCGUGUGCGCCAGGGUUUCACCUACUUUGACCGCAACCAAAACGGCUUCAUUGAGCCCGAGGACUUCCAGCGCAUCAUCCGGGAGACGGCUAGCCACAAGCUGUCCGACUACCUCCUCGAGAACCUCCCUACCCUGUGCAACAUCUCGGCGGGAAGCAAGAUUUCCUACGCCAAUGUGCGCGCCUUCCAGAACGUGAUUCAGCAAAUGGACAUGAUUGAGCUCAUCAUUCGCAAUGCUACGCAAAAGAGUCCCGACGGCAAGAUCACCCGCACAGACUUCCUCAACGAGGCCGCACGCAUAAGCCGCUUCAAUCUAUACACACCCAUGGAGGCAGACAUUCUGUUCCAUUUCGCUGGCUUGGACGAGACGACGGGAAGACUGGGUCUGCGAGACUUUGCCCGUGUGCUGGAUCCUUCGUGGCAUACGGUCGGGAAGCUGGGAGUGGGUAUUUCAGAUGUGGGCCAGAAGGUGUUCGCGACAUCGAGGUCAAUAUGGCACGACAUUUUGGAAUCUGUCCAUCACUUCGCGCUUGGUUCCCUGGCUGGUGCGUUUGGCGCGUUUAUGGUGUAUCCCAUUGAUCUGGUCAAGACGCGGAUGCAGAACCAGAGGGCUUCCGGCGUGGGACACGUUCUCUACAAGAACUCGCUUGAUUGCGCGAAAAAGGUCAUCAAGAAUGAGGGCUUCAAGGGCCUUUACUCUGGUGUGCUUCCCCAGCUUGUUGGUGUAGCACCGGAGAAGGCCAUCAAGCUCACAGUCAAUGAUCUCGUGCGAGGCAAGCUGACGGAAAAAUCAUCGGGCCACAUCAAGUUCUGGCACGAGAUGCUUGCAGGUGGAAGUGCGGGAGCUUGUCAAGUGGUGUUCACCAACCCUCUCGAGAUUGUCAAGAUUCGACUGCAGAUUCAGGGUGAGCUCUCGAAGAAUGUGGAAGGUGUGCCCAAGCGAUCUGCCAUGUGGAUCGUUCGCAACUUGGGUCUCGUGGGUCUGUACAAGGGUGCUACCGCGUGUUUGUUGCGCGAUGUGCCAUUUUCGGCCAUCUACUUCCCUGCCUACAGCCACUUGAAGAAGGACUUUUUUGGCGAGAGUCCGCAAAAGUCGCUUGGUGUCCUGCAGAUGCUGACUGCCGGUGCGAUUGCCGGGAUGCCUGCGGCGUACCUGACGACCCCGUGCGACGUCAUCAAGACGCGUUUACAGGUCGAGGCACGAAAGGGGGAAGCCACGUACAACGGGCUGAGGCAUGCGGCGCAGACGAUCUGGCGCGAGGAGGGCUUCCGGGCGUUCUUCAAGGGUGGACCGGCUCGUAUCAUGAGAUCAUCGCCGCAGUUUGGAUUUACGCUGGCAGGUUACGAAGUGUUGCAGCGACUGCUUCCGAUGCCUGGCUCGAGUCCGACGGAUUCGACGUUGGAGCCGUCUGUGGGGCUGGAGGAGGCCAAGGCACCUCUGCCGUACCUUCGUAGUCGCAACGCGCUCAAGGUGAUUCUGGAUCUUGACGAGAACUUUGGUCGGCCCAAGAUGGCAGCUGGCAGCAAAUUUACGGGUAUUCCCGGGUUUGGUGGCAAGACCGCUGAGGGCUGA